AUGAUUUUUGGCGGGGAAAUAGAAAGCAAUUGCUCUGGUUACCAGUUAAUAUACACUUUUGACACACAAAAAUUAACUUGGAAACCUUUCACUACGAAUGGAAUUCAACCACCAAGGAAAGAAAGUAUUAGCCCAAUAAUAAAUUCAUUUGAAAAAUUAUUUUCUUUCGGUGGAUGGAUGGCUCCUGAAACAGGUGCUGCACAAGCUCAAUAUUUGUAUCUAGACAUAUUAGAUAUUAUUGGAUUAAAUUGGUCAAAUGAUUCUUUAUUAAACGCACCUACCGCAAGAGGUGGGUAUGCUUCUAUUUUGUUACCAAAUGAUACUAUCCUUUAUUUAGGUGGGUGGUCAUUUGGGUUAACUAUUGAGUUAAAUGCGUCAAUAAAUGACGUGGUUCCUGAAGGUCGUGGUCAUUUUACUGCUGUGUUUGGGUUAAAUAAAGAUCGUUUAAUUAUUUAUGGUGGGGAGUGUUCUGUGCCCUCAAUUCACGAUGCACAACCAAGUUUAGCUGUAUUGAAUUUAAGUUCAAAGCCUUUUGCGUGGAUUUCUCAGAAA